CACUCACAGAGGACACACGAAAUGGCGUCAGCAGCUGAUUAUAGCACCUACAGCCAGGCUGGAGCCCAGCAGGGGUAUGGCUCCUAUGCAGCCCAGCCAGCUCCGGUAUAUGGACAAAGUACACAGAGCUAUGGUCAACAGGGGUAUGGAUCAUAUGGCCAGCCCAGUGAUUCCUCCUACACACAGACAGGGUCUUCUGCUGGGGCAUAUGGGCAGACUGCCUAUGGCACAUCCUAUGGGCAGCCACCUCCUGCAGAAGGGAAUACUACAGCAGGUUACAGUGCAGCCCCCACAGCUCCGCAAGGCUACAGUCAGCCUGUUCAGGGAUAUGGGGCGAGUGGAUACGACACCACGAGCGCCGCUGCCACCACGACUACGACUCCCACCUCUUAUGCCACUCAGCCGGCCUAUGGUGCCCAGCCGACCUACCCUGGCUAUGGUCAGCAGCCGGGCUCUGCUGCUCCUUCCAGAGCACAGGAGGUCAGCAAGCCACAGGAGACCCCCCCAGGCCAGUCUAACCCUCCCGGCUAUAGCCAAGGCAAUCUGGGGUACAGCCAGAAUAAUUACGGUUAUCCCCAGGUGCCUGGCUCUUACCCUCUGCAGUCAGGCAGUGCCCAGGCUUCCUAUGCUUCAACCAGCUACAGUGCCAGCACCCAACCCUCCAGCUAUGACCAGAAUACCUACACCCAGCCUGGCCGUUACAUCCAGCAAGGGGGGUAUGGACAGCAAGGAAACUACAGCCAGCAGGGCUCCUACAGCCAGCAGGGGAGCUACCAGCCGCCGCCGCCGCAGCAGCAGGCACCACCACCAACAAGUUACCCUCCCCCGUCCAGCUCCUAUGGGCAGCCGCCUCCUAAUCAGUACAGCCAGCAGGCCGGAAGCACUUACGGGCAGCAAAGUGACUAUAAUCCCCCCAGCCAGUACAAUAAAGGGAGUUACCGGCAGGAGCACCCCAGCGGCAUGCGCAGUGGCUUCUCCGGGCCGGAGCCCGGCGGUUUCCCAGGCCUGGGGGAGAGCCGCGGUAUGGGCGCGGCAGAUAGCCGUGGCCGUGGAAGAGGCGGCUUCGACAGGGGUGUCAUGAUCAGAGGAGGAGGGAGAGGGGGAAUGGGCCGAGGAGGAAUGGGCAUCGCUGGAGACAGAGGUGGCUUCAUUAAGCCUGGUGUAGGACCCAUGAAUGAUGGACCCAAGCCAGAUAUGGCUGUUCCAGAAGAAAUAGAUGACUCUGAAAACAGUACCAUUUAUAUUACUGGGCUUUCUGAAAGUGUAACUUUGGAGGAAGCUGCAGAGUUCUUUAAUUAUUGUGGAAUCAUUAGGAUAAACAAAAGGACAGGCCAGCCUGCAAUUAACAUUUAUACCGACAAGGAAACGGGAAAGCCAAAGGGUGAUGCUACACUCUCCUAUGAAAAUCCCCCAGAUGCCAAAUCUGCAGUUGAAUGGUUCGAUGGCAAAGAGUUCCAAGGGAAGAAGCUGAAGGUGUCCAUGGCCCGGAGGAAGGCCGUGGUGGGAAUGAUGCAUGGAGGAAUGCCCCCCCGAGAUGGCAGAGGCAUGAUGGGCCGGGGCGCUGACAGGGGUGGCUUCAUGCCCCGCGGGGGGCCUCGUGGAGGUGGACGGGGCGGCCCUUUGGGGAGCAACAUGCAGCAGAGAGCUGGAGACUGGCAGUGUCCCAACCCUGGCUGUGGCAACCAGAACUUCGCGUGGAGAAUGGAAUGUAAUCAGUGCAAAGCUCCAAAACCUGAAGGCUUUAUCCCACCUCCCUUUCCCCCACCAGGAGCUGACCGCGGCAGGGGAGGCCCCGGCAUGCGCGGCGGCAGGGGGAUGGACCGCGGGGGGCCCGGCCUGUUCCGGGGCGGCCGGGGCGGGGAUCGAGGCGGUGGAUUUCGAGGGGGCCGCGGGAUGGACAGGGGAGGCUUUGGAGGCGGCCGGCGAGGUGGUCCCCCCCCUAUGGACCAGAUGGGCAGCAGAGGCGCCAGGAGGGGCAUCGGAGCUCCUGGCAAAAUGGAGAUUAAAGGAGAGCACCGGCAGGAGCGCCGUGACAGACCAUACUGAAGUAAUGUGCAUUUGAAGAAUUCCCAUUGAAUACAGGAUUUAUUUUUUAAUAAUAAAAAAAUGUGGAAGGUGUUGUGUAACCUUGUGACAAGCUGUUUAAUGUUUUUUUUCUAUUUUAAACUGUAUCAACCCUCCCCGCUUUAUUCCAACCUUUAUUUCCUUUAUUAAAAAUGUUGAAAAGUGCAA